CCUUUUGUUGCUGCAGAAUUUCGUACGUCUCGAAUCUUGCUUGGUCACUUGGAGAUCCACAAAACCAUUUUGGAUUCGGAGAUUAAAUUCGUGGCGCAGCUGCAGGCAUAUAUAGCAGUACUCCUUCGGCCGUCGUCUUCCUCGGGGAGGCCGCCGGGGUCGCCAUUGCUAGCAUAUGGUGUGCUCGGAGAUGCGAAAAAUUACGGCGAUGGCACUACCAGCUUCCCCAGUUCAGGAAGAACUGCAGCCAGAGAGUCAAUUGAGGAACCAUCUUGCUGCAGCCGUGAGGAGCAUCAACUGGACUUAUGCCCUCUUCUGGUCCAUUUCAAGCACUCAGCCAGGAUUCCUAACGUGGACGGAUGGGUUCUACAACGGCGAGGUGAAGACGAGGAAGAUCGCCAACUCUGCGGAGCUGACCGCCGACCAGCUCGUCAUGCAGCGAAGCGAGCAGCUGCGGGAGCUCUACGAGGCCCUCCUCUCCGGCGAGUGCGACCGCCGGACGGCGCGGCCGGUCGCCUCGCUGUCGCCGGAGGACCUCGGCGACACCGAGUGGUACUACGUGGUCUGCAUGACCUACGCCUUCCGGCCAGGCCAAGGGUUGCCGGGAAGGAGCUUUGCUAGCAACGAACGUGUCUGGAUGCGGAACUCUCACCUCGCCGACAGCAAAGCCUUCCCCCGCGCGCUCCUGGCGAAGAGCGCGUCCAUUCAGACAAUCGUCUGCAUCCCGUUCAUGAGCGGCGUGCUUGAGCUGGGGACAACUGAUGCGGUAUGCUCAAUGGUCAAGUUAACACUCCGAGCCACUGCAUCUUUCUGGGAGAUGCAGUUUCCGGCAUGCUCGCAGGAGCCGAGCUCCAGCCCGUCAGCAAACGAAACCGGCAAGCCCGCCGACAUUAUCGUGUUCGAGGACCUCGAUCACAUUGCCAUGGAAGCGAUGAUCGCCGGCGGACAGGAGCUAGGCGAAGCGGAGAGCCUGUCAGAUGGAACCCUCGAGCAAAUCACCAAGGAGAUCGACGAAUUCUACAGCCUCUGCGAGGAAAUGGACGUGCAGCCACUCGAGGAUACCUGGAUCAUGGACGGGUCUUUCGAAGUCCCCUCUUCGCCGCAGCCGGCGCCGGGGCCUGCUACUACUAACGCCGCCGCCACCUCAAGCGCUCUCGUUGACGGCUCUCGCGCGACGAGCUUUACGGCCUGGGCGAGGCCGGAGUCGGACUCCGAUGAAGUGGCUGUGCCGGUCGUCGAAGAGCCACAGAAGCUGCUGAAGAAAGCGGUGGCCGGCGGAGCUUGGGCGGCGAACAAUGGCGGCGGCGGCACGACGAGAAUGGCCCAAGAAAGUGGCGUCAAGAACCACGUCAUGUCGGAGAGGAAGCGCCGGGAAAAGCUCAACGAGAUGUUCCUCGUUCUCAAGUCAUUGGUUCCCUCCAUUCACAAGGUGGACAAAGCAUCGAUCCUUGCCGAAACGAUAGCGUACCUCAAGGAGCUUCAACGAAGGGUACAAGAGCUAGAAUCCAGCAGGGAACCCAUAAUCUCGCGCCCAUCCGAAACAACGAGGGCAACAAGGCGCCAUGACGAUGAGGCCGUCAGGAAGAAAGUCUGUGCCGCGGGCUCCAAGAGGAAGGGCUCGGAGCUCGGCGGUGACGUGGAGAGGGAGCACCCACGGGCCCUCUCCAAGGACGGCACCAGCAACGUCACCGUCACCGUCUCAGACAAGGAGGUGCUCGUGGAGGUGCAGUGCCGGUGGGAAGAGCUUCUGAUGACGCGAGUGUUCGACGCAAUCAAGAGCCUGCAACUGGACGUUCACUCGGUUCAGGCAUCGGCACCGGAUGGGUUCAUGGGGCUGAAGAUACGGGCUCAGUUUGCCGGCUCAGCUGCCGUUGUGCCGUGGAUGAUCAGCGAGGCCCUCCGUAAUGCUAUAGGGAAGCGAUGAGGAGCAGCUCAAUGUUCUAUAUCGAUUUACAUAGAAGUUCCAUGAACACGUUCCUUGUGAAUCCUAUUUUUGCAAAAUGGGGUGCACUCAUUUCAUAAUUUUUUCUUUGAACACUCACCUUAUGAACAUGCGUGCUACACUAUGAGCAACUCGGCGAGAUUAUCCCGACAGUUCUUAAGAUUGACAAAAUCACCACAACCACCUAGCUAUCAAUGAGCAUGUCACUUGCCCCUGAGUGUAUUGCCUACCCUGAAAGAUUUCUUUGAAAAUAACCUACCCUAAAAGAAUAAAUAUCUAAGAAUACAAGCAUCCCUAUUGAAUCGGAAACUCCCGGAACACAAGUGGAUAGGUUACUGCACCAAGCAAAACUAGGACCAAGCCCUUCCUUCACGAUCUUGGAUGGGUAUGCUUUAUGCAGUGUACGGUACAAUGGGAAUCAUUGAGGUGUAUGCACCAAUCAGU